ACCGCUUCACCUGCUUCUUCCUUUCAUGCCACUCUCUUCAACCACAACAUGAAGGCAGACUCGGCAGACAUUGAUAACGAACCUAAGGGGCACAUAUGUCCUCCGUCAAACGCGAAGCAUCCAAAAGACAGAUGGGAAUCUCUGUUUGUGUAUGGGUUCAUAUGUCGAUUCACUGCACUGCGAGGCAAGGUUGAGGGGCUGGAUUCACCCAUGGAUUUUGAGACGUCGUUGAUGAAUACAGACAUCGACCCCGUCAUGACCCAGAUCCUUUCGCGAUUUGUGCUUAACUUGCGACCGCAGACGCGUAACUUGAGUUCCGACGUGAUUACUGCCUCUAUCGCCUCACUCAUCCAGGAGCACAUCAAGGGGGAGGAAAGGGGAGUAUUCUGGAAUGACGAACGGAGGACAAAUGAAGAUCCCUUGCAGGGUAUAGAGAAUGGCUUCUGGGGUGCUUCAUGGGAUAUCAAACUCAGGGUUCUGCGUCAGCUCGUGGAGUUCCAACUCUGCCACAGUCAUGACAUCAAGAAGAUCAUCGACAGAGCGUGGGGUGUCGUACACAACAAGCAUAAAAAGGCGGAGAUGACCCCUUCUCGUCCCCCCGCUACCGACCCACAAAGCCAAGAGCACCUGCAACUCGUACCGCUAGGCCAAGAUAUACAGAGGAAGCGGUACUGGGUCAUUGAUGGUUCGUACGGCCCAAAAUUUGCAUUCUUCCCUCCGCCCUAUAUUUGCGCAUAUUUGCCUUCCUAUCUGGAGCUGUUGAAACAUAAGCUCGGCAUAUUGCGGUUCUCAUCAUAGUUUCGUGCUUGCCUACGCGGCUAAUCAUG